UAAAUUUGUUCCACGUUCUGCAGCCUUGGGCGUAGUGCCCGCGCAGCAUGCAGAGCCAGCUGCUUCCAGAGGAGGCCUACGACUUCCAAGAUCUUUUCCAAGUAGUGGAGCAGCAGCAGCAGGCCCUUCUCCGCUUGGCAGACGAACACCGCGCUCAAUGGGAGGGAUCACUGAGAUGGUCCUCAAGGAAUAGACAUCUUCCGCCACCAGGCGAGGAGCGCUUCACGAAGUUGAGUGCGCAAUGCAUCGCCGAACAGCCUCAGCAGCCGGCCACCUGGGAUCCCGUACCUUCCAACCCCUUCGACGACGAGACCUUCGCCUACGAUGUGGAUGACCAUAUCAAGGUGACUGUCAACAACGAAGUGGUCUUUCCCAAGGACAUCCAGGUGCUGGAGGAGAGUUCUGAGCUUGCUUCUGGGCCGGUCGAAGCAGGCAGCAGCCGGAUGGGGCGGCACUCGGUGAUGUCAGCCAACGUGAAACCAGUUGACUUUCAUUUGACCGAGCGUUCAUUGCAGGGUGCGGCUUUGGUCAAGAACAGAUGCAGGAAGAUUUUGGAUGCCACCGCAACUGCACUGGUCAUUUUGAAUUGCAUGAUGCUCAUGGUGGAGCUGGAACUUGAGGGCAGAGCAGUGGGCUCCAAACUGGGACUUUCUGAAGGCUUAGAUUUGACGGAGCUCCUACGAUGGUUCCACGUGAUUGAUCAGAUCUUCAUUGCGAUUUUCUUGUUGGAGUUAGUAUUCAGAUUUCUGGUGGACGGCGUCGAAUUUUUCAAGGACGUUGCCAACGCUUUUGAUGCAUGCCUGGUGGUGAUCGGAUGUGUGGACAUCCUAGUGAUUGGCCCUGUGCUUGGCAAUGGCAACGCCGCCAUGAUGCGAGUGGUGCGUACAUUGAAAUCGCUGAGGGCUUUGCGACUGUUGCGCGCCUUUCGAUUUGUGCGGGGCUUGCGGCUUCUGGUGAAGGCAUGUCAGUGCUUCCUGCCCUCCUUAUGUUGGUCCAUGGUCCUGCUGGCCGUCUUCAUGUCAAUUGGGGCAUUGGUGCUCGGAAAUCUGCUUCUAGACUUCAGCGCCAAUGAACUGGAAAACUUCGAGGACCGGCAGUGGGUUUGGUCGCACUAUGGCACUGCUUAUCGUGCCUUGUACACACUUUAUGAAAUCACCUUCGCAGGCAACUGGCCGACGAAUGUCCGUCCCAUCUUGAACAAGGUGAGCCAUGUCUACUGCAUCUUCUUUGUGCUGUAUGUCACAGUCAUCAGCUUCGCAGUGAUUCGUGUAAUUUCUGCAGUGUUUCUCAAAGACACACUAGAUGCGGCGCAGAAUGACGCAGAGAAUUUGGUUGUGGAAAGGCUGCGGAAGAAAGACGAAUACGUGAGAAGAUUGGAGGCUGUUUUCAUGGCUAUUGAUUGUGGCGGUGAUGGCAUGAUCACAGAGCAGAGGCUGACAGACAUUUUGUCCCACCCGAAAGUGGCGGCGUACUUCCAAACUUUGGAUCUGGAUGUGCAAGAAAGCGCAAACCUUUUCCGCAUCAUAGAUGACGGUGACGGAGAGGUGACCUUGGAGGAAUUUAUAGACGGCAUCAUGAGAUGCAAGGGCCAGGCUCGUGCUGUGGAUCAGGUGGCCAUGCGCGCUGACCUGCGGCAGCUGGACGCCAAGGUGACGGAGCUGUUGAAGGUGCUGAGGCUCAGAGGCCACACGACCUAGCUGCCGCGCUGUGAUCGCACCUGGCGGAUUUGAAGACCUGUGUGAACCGAUGGGCCAUGUGGGUGAUGUAUUGGAAAAAAAACAUUAUACAUCGAUACGAACAUUCGCUUCAACGGAUCUUGAAGCCUCCAAAAGCAACAAACCGCGUGCCCUGCAUUUUUUGGGGAGCAGGUUGAGCAAGGCGAUGGUUUUGCAUGACAGGUGGGUGGAAAUUCCGAUUGCACCAGGCAGGGUCUUCCAUGAAUGGCCGAAGGCCAGAAUCGUUUCAGCCCUCCCCAGCUUCGAAGAAGCAGACAAGCGGGCUGAAAGAGAUUGGAUUGGCCAAGUCACUGUGGAGCCUGUUGGUGCCCAUGUGUCACGUAGAUAUGUUUUUCAUCUGAGAAGAGGCGGGUCUGCAUGACUUUCUGGCCACACACGCUGCACGAGCCGCGAGUUUCUUUUUUUUUGUGUGGCUUUAGCAGCACCACCUUCGAGGCCAUGUUUGAUAAAUCGUUGGGUGCCAGUGCCGGGGCGCCGACGUGCAGAAAGUGAGGCCAGGUGAAUGGCCAAAUCCAAGAAGGGUCAUUUUGUUUUUAAUAAUUAUGCGCUUUUUGACACCCCUCCAAAAGAUGUCAAGGUGCUAUGCUUCCUUGCUUUCGGCCCCAUCGAGAAUUUAUAUAUUGCAGAGACCAGUCGCCUGGAGAGGAUCAUGAUCUUCGCCAGAGGAA